GAGGAGAGAGAGGUGGCGGCGGUGGCGGUGGUCGUAGCGGUGGCGGAGGAGGCGGCUGCGGGUACGAAUCAGCUGCGGGCAGAGCCAUGGCCAACAUCGCGGUGCAGCGGAUCAAGUGGGAGUUCAAGGAGGUGCUGAAGAGCGAGGAGACGAGCAAAAAUCAAAUUAAAGUAGAUCUUGUAGAUGAGAAUUUUACAGAAUUAAGAGGAGAAAUAGCAGGACCUCCAGACACACCAUAUGAAGGAGGAAGAUACCAACUAGAGAUAAAAAUACCAGAAACAUAUCCAUUUAAUCCCCCUAAGGUCCAGUUUAUCACUAAAAUAUGGCAUCCUAAUAUUAGUUCUGUCACAGGAGCUAUAUGUUUGGAUAUCCUGAAAGAUCAAUGGGCGGCAGCAAUGACUCUGCGCACAGUAUUGCUGUCGUUGCAAGCGCUCUUGGCAGCUGCGGAACCUGAUGACCCUCAAGAUGCAGUAGUAGCCAAUCAGUACAAACAAAAUCCUGAAAUGUUCAAACAGACAGCUCGACUUUGGGCACACGUGUAUGCUGGAGGACCAGUUUCUAGUCCAGAAUACACCAAAAAAAUAGAAAACCUAUGUGCUAUGGGCUUUGAUAGGAAUGCAGUAAUAGUGGCCUUGUCUUCAAAAUCAUGGGAUGUAGAGACUGCAACAGAACUGCUUCUGAGUAACUGAGGCAUAGAGCGCUGCUCAUAGUCAAGCUGGCUCUUCCUUGAGGAGCACCACCACCUGUUAUUUUAGGAUUCUGCAUACAUUUCUUUUAAACUGGCAUUCUUGCCUAAUGAUGUUAUCUAGGCACUAUUGGAGACUGAAAAAAAAAAUCCCUGCUCUGUAAAUAAAGCUAAUUAAACGUC